AUGAUAGGUUAUCCAAUUGUAUUCAGAUGUUGCGAAUGCACAGUUGAAGAACAAACCAUGGAACAUCUAGAGAGCCAUAUUUGGAGCCGACAUUUACAAGCUUUCCCAUUCAAAUGUGCUCACUGUGAUUUCCCAGCUCUCAGUGCCAUCAAUUUACUGGAGCAUUUUGCUCAGAAUCACAGUGAAGUAACGACAGUCGAAUUCAAGCGAAAUUUAGAUGAUGAGAACCGAUUUCGAAAAAUGGUUGCCGAAUCUAUCGCGAUAGAAAUGAUUGAGAAUUCGCAACAAGAUUCGAACUCUCAACUCAGCCAUAUGGACCCAAUGAUGCAGUCUGAUUCAGCUCAAAUAAUGUUGCUGCCUUCUCAGAGUGACCAAUAUGAAGACCUCGUCGGCCAUCGAUCACCUGACGAUGACGAUUUCGGAGUUUUGGAGGACGAUGAAAAUGUUGAAGAAUUAAUCGAAGAUGAUGAAGACGAUGAUUACGUUGAUGAACUUGGAAAUCCAGUCUUUAUUGGUGCUCAUGAUGAUUCGAAUUACAUAUUAGACGAUGAUCUAUCUCAGCAAGGAACUAUGCGCACAACGAGCAGCUAUCAGUUAAAAUACAUCCGUACUAGAAGAAUGGAUAAAUUGAUAGACAAUGUGGUGGUUAGUGCUUCGCGAAGAAAUUUGCCUGUUUCUGCAGAUACAGUAGAAGACAGUUCUUAUGACCCCGACGGUGAUCGCUCUGGAAAAAUGGAUAGAUAUCAAUGUGAUCAAUGCCCAAGAACAUUCAAGUUUCAAUCUAAGUUGGACGAACAUCGACGGGCACACCUCGGUGUCCGACCCUUUCGAUGUCUCUAUUGUAUUCGAGAGUUCACACAGAAAGGAGCGCUGAAAACCCAUAUGAGGUUGCAUACUGGAGAACGACCAUUCGUUUGUCAAUGGGAAUGUGGAAAACAUUUCGCUUCUGCGUCGGCUAGAAGGCAUCAUGAAAAAACACAUAGUGGGGAGCGGCCGUACAUUUGUAGUGUGUGCGGCAAGGGUUUUACAAAAAAUUCACAUGUCGUGCGACAUCUUAAGAAUAUCCACAACACCGUGCUGAUUCGAGAAGCAAUUAUGAGGGGGGAAGUUCCAGCUGACCAUCCUGCUUCCAAUCAUAUAGUGGAUAUAGUGCCACGUGGAAAGGAGCUUCAUGUAGUUAAUGAUAUUGUUGAACAAAUCCACGAGGAAAAAUUCAACGAACGACUGCCGAUGUGA